CUCUUUACAUAAAUUUAAUUUCAUUUUACAAAACAACUCAAAGAAGCCUUUUUUUUUUUCUUCAUUUUUUCUGUUCCAUUGAAAUCCUCUUCAAGAAUCAAGAAAAUGUUAACAAUUAGCCUUCUUUUCUUAGCAUUUCUCUUCAUUGUUGGUUUAAUUACAACCCUUUUCAAUUUUCCCACAAAAAAGUUUCAAUCUUGGAUCUUUUCCCUCUCUGUUAAACCUCAAACCCUAACCCCAACAACCCCUUUUAUCAAUAAAGAUUCAAUCUUUGUUGAAAAAAAGAGCUCAAAAGUUGAGUUGAGUGGUGUUUUUGCAACAUUUGACAAGAACAAUGAUGGGUAUAUAACAAAACAAGAAUUGAAACAGUCACUUAAGAAUAUUGGGAUUUUUAUGGAAGAUGGAGAUAUUCUUGAAAUGGUUGAAAAAGUUGAUUUUAAUAAAGAUGGGUUUAUUGAUAUUGAUGAGUUUUAUGAACUUUGUCAUAGUUUCUUGGGGAUUGAGAAAGUUGUUAGUGAAGAAGAAGAAGGGGGUGUGGAAGAAGGGGAUUUGAAAGAUGCUUUUGAUGUGUUUGAUUGUGAUAAAAAUGGAUUGAUAUCUGAGGAAGAAUUGAGUAAAGUGCUUUCAUCUUUGGGGUUAAAUCAAGGUAAGAGAUUAGAUGAUUGUAAAGAAAUGAUUAGGAAUGUUGAUGUUGAUGGUGAUGGAAUGGUGAAUUUUGAUGAAUUCAAGAAGAUGAUGAGAAAUGGUGGAAGGCUUAUUCCAAUUCCUUAGGAAGGGGAAAUUCCAUUUAUGUUACAAACUACUAGUACUAGUAUUCAAGAUUCCUUUUUUUUUUCUUUUUCCAAACCCCGAUCAACAGUGUUUUCACUUACCCUCCAACGUGACUUGAACCGUCAAUUCAGUAUGAUCAACCGUGUUUUAUGAUCUUAGUGUUUUCACUUAUCCUUAAGCAUGUCUCGAACUCUCAACCCUCCAACGUGACUUAAACCGUCAAUUCAGUAUGAUCAAUAGUAUUUUCACUUACCCUCUAUCGUGAUCUUAGUGUUUUCACUUAUCCUUCAGCAUGUUUCGAACUCUCAACCCUCCAACAUGACUUAAAUCGUCAAUUCAGUAUGAACAAAUAGUAUUUUCACUUAUCCUGUAUUGUGAUCUUAGUGUUUUCACUUAUCCUUCAGCAUGAUUCGAACUCUCAACCUUCAGUGUUUUUACUUACCCUCCAGUGUGACUUGAACCGUUUAAGUCAUAUGAUAUCUUUUUUUUUCCAUCCCAACCCUAGAGUGAUCAACAGUAUUUUCACUUAUCUUCGAGCGUGACUCAAAUCCUUUGGUCUUAGUGUUUUUACUUGCUCUUCAACAUGAUUUGAAUCGUCAAUUUAGUGUUUUCACUUACCCUUCUUCAAUCUAAGUAUCAGUCGAUGACGAAGAUGAUCAACUACUUGAGCAAGGUUACUUUUCUUAUCUUCAAGAUUGUACAAAUAGGAAAAAAUAACUUGCAUUGAGUGGAUUGUGUAUAGUUAGUUACUUUUUCUUUAAUUUCUCAUAGAAUUUGCUUAAGUUUAAGAUUGGAUCUAGGUCUAGUUAAGUCAACUAAGAUUAUUUGUUUUUUUUUUCUUUAACUAGUUGGAUUUAGAGAAAAUUAAGAAGCAUUAUCACACUUGUGGUUCUGUAUUUGAUCAGAUUGUGUUGUUUUCAAAGCAGACAAAUUUUAUGGUUGUACUGACACAUUAUAUGUUUUGUUUAUUAA